AUGGGUGUAUCAAAUGAGUCAGAAUCUGAUGCCGGCCGGCGAAGGUGGCAAAGCAGCGAUGAUGAAUCAGUCGGUCGUUGUAGUUGCCAAUCGAGAACGGCGAUGUAUCAAGCUACUGAUACGUCGAGGGUUAUUAGAACAAGGGAGUUGCGUGGUGUGUCGGCCGAUGACCCGAAGAGCGGGACGGAGAGACAACAAAAAUGA